AUGGCAAACGGUGGCGGCGGCGGCGGCGGCAGCAGCGGCGGCGGCGGCGGCGGCGGCGGCGGAGGCAGCGGUCUUAGAAUGAGCAGCAAUAUCCACGCGAACCAUCUCAGCCUAGACGCGUCCUCCUCCUCUUCCUCCUCCUCCUCUUCUUCUUCUUCCUCCUCCUCUUCCUCCUCGUCCUCGGUCCACGAGCCCAAGAUGGAUGCGCUCAUCAUCCCGGUGACCAUGGAGGUGCCGUGCGACAGCCGGGGCCAACGCAUGUGGUGGGCUUUCCUGGCCUCCUCCAUGGUGACUUUCUUCGGGGGCCUCUUCAUCAUCUUGCUCUGGCGGACGCUCAAGUACCUGUGGACCGUUUGCUGCCACUGCGGGGGCAAGACGAAGGAGGCCCAGAAGAUAAAUAAUGGCUCCAGCCAGGCAGAUGGUACUCUCAAGCCAGUGGACGAAAAAGAGGAGGUGGUGGCAGCCGAGGUCGGCUGGAUGACGUCCGUGAAGGACUGGGCAGGGGUGAUGAUAUCCGCCCAGACACUGACUGGCAGAGUCCUGGUUGUGUUGGUCUUCGCUCUCAGCAUUGGUGCCCUUGUAAUAUACUUCAUAGACUCGUCAAACCCAAUAGAAUCCUGCCAGAAUUUCUACAAAGAUUUCACAUUACAGAUCGACAUGGCUUUCAACGUGUUCUUCCUUCUCUACUUUGGCUUGCGGUUUAUUGCGGCCAACGAUAAGCUGUGGUUCUGGCUGGAAGUGAACUCUGUAGUGGAUUUCUUCACCGUGCCUCCCGUGUUUGUGUCUGUGUACUUAAACAGAAGCUGGCUUGGCUUGAGAUUUUUAAGAGCCCUCAGACUGAUACAGUUUUCAGAAAUUUUGCAGUUUCUGAAUAUCCUUAAGACAAGUAAUUCAAUCAAGCUGGUGAAUCUGCUCUCCAUAUUUAUCAGCACGUGGCUGACUGCAGCUGGAUUCAUCCACUUGGUGGAGAAUUCAGGGGACCCAUGGGAAAAUUUCCAAAACAACCAGGCACUUACAUACUGGGAAUGUGUCUACUUACUCAUGGUCACAAUGUCUACAGUGGGCUACGGGGAUGUUUACGCAAAAACCACACUUGGACGCCUCUUCAUGGUCUUCUUCAUCCUCGGGGGACUGGCCAUGUUUGCCAGCUACGUCCCUGAAAUCAUAGAGUUAAUAGGAAACCGCAAGAAAUACGGGGGCUCCUAUAGCGCGGUUAGUGGAAGAAAGCACAUUGUAGUCUGUGGCCACAUCACUCUGGAGAGUGUCUCUAACUUCCUGAAGGACUUUCUGCACAAGGACCGGGAUGAUGUCAACGUGGAGAUCGUCUUUCUUCACAACAUCUCCCCAAACCUUGAGCUUGAGGCUCUGUUCAAACGACAUUUUACUCAGGUGGAAUUUUAUCAGGGUUCCGUCCUCAAUCCACAUGAUCUUGCCAGAGUCAAGAUAGAGUCAGCAGAUGCGUGCCUGAUCCUUGCCAAUAAGUACUGCGCUGACCCGGAUGCAGAAGAUGCCUCCAACAUCAUGAGAGUGAUCUCCAUAAAGAACUACCACCCGAAAAUCAGGAUCAUAACUCAGAUGCUGCAGUAUCAUAACAAGGCCCAUCUGCUCAACAUCCCCAGCUGGAAUUGGAAAGAGGGUGAUGACGCAAUAUGCCUCGCGGAGCUCAAGUUGGGUUUCAUAGCCCAGAGCUGUCUGGCUCAAGGCCUCUCCACAAUGCUUGCCAACCUCUUCUCUAUGAGGUCAUUCAUAAAGAUUGAGGAAGACACGUGGCAGAAAUACUACUUGGAAGGAGUCUCCAAUGAAAUGUACACAGAAUAUCUCUCCAGUGCCUUCGUGGGUCUGUCCUUCCCUACUGUUUGUGAGCUGUGCUUUGUGAAGCUUAAGCUCCUGAUGAUAGCCAUUGAGUACAAGUCUGCCAACCGGGAGAGCCGAAUAUUAAUUAACCCUGGGAACCACCUUAAGAUCCAAGAAGGUACUUUAGGAUUUUUCAUCGCAAGUGAUGCCAAAGAAGUUAAAAGGGCAUUUUUUUACUGCAAGGCCUGUCAUGAUGACGUCACAGAUCCCAAAAGAAUUAAAAAAUGUGGCUGCAGGCGGCUUGAAGAUGAGCAGCCGCCAACACUGUCACCCAAAAAAAAACAACGUAACGGGGGUAUGAGGAACUCACCCAACUCCUCCCCGAAGCUGAUGAGGCAUGACCCCUUGUUAAUUCCUGGCAAUGAUCAGAUUGACAACAUGGACUCCAAUGUGAAAAAGUACGACUCUACUGGAAUGUUUCAUUGGUGCGCACCCAAGGAGAUUGAGAAAGUCAUCCUGACACGAAGUGAAGCUGCCAUGACGGUCCUGAGUGGCCAUGUUGUUGUCUGCAUCUUUGGGGAUGUCAGCUCAGCCCUGAUUGGCCUCCGGAACCUGGUGAUGCCGCUCCGUGCUAGCAAUUUUCACUACCACGAGCUCAAACACAUUGUGUUUGUAGGCUCCAUCGAGUACCUCAAGCGAGAGUGGGAAACACUGCACAACUUCCCCAAAGUGUCCAUAUUGCCUGGUACACCAUUAAGUCGGGCUGACUUAAGGGCUGUCAACAUCAACCUCUGUGACAUGUGCGUUAUCCUGUCAGCCAAUCAGAAUAAUAUUGAUGAUACUUCGCUUCAGGACAAGGAAUGCAUCUUGGCGUCACUCAACAUCAAAUCUAUGCAGUUUGAUGACAGCAUCGGGGUCUUGCAGGCUAAUUCCCAAGGAUUCACACCUCCUGGAAUGGACAGAUCAUCUCCUGACAACAGCCCGGUGCAUGGAAUGUUGCGCCAGCCUUCCAUCACAACAGGAGUCAACAUCCCCAUCAUCACAGAACUCGUGAACGAUACUAAUGUUCAGUUUUUGGACCAAGAUGAUGACGAUGACCCUGACACAGAGCUGUACCUCACGCAGCCCUUUGCAUGUGGGACAGCGUUUGCUGUCAGCGUCUUGGACUCUCUCAUGAGUGCGACAUACUUCAAUGACAAUAUCCUCACCCUGAUCCGGACCCUGGUGACAGGAGGGGCCACGCCAGAGCUUGAGGCUCUGAUUGCUGAGGAGAAUGCACUUCGAGGGGGCUACAGCACUCCCCAGACACUGGCCAACAGGGACCGUUGCCGAGUGGCUCAGUUAGCCCUGUUGGAUGGGCCCUUUGCAGACUUAGGGGAUGGUGGUUGUUAUGGUGAUCUGUUCUGCAAAGCUCUGAAAACGUAUAAUAUGCUUUGUUUUGGAAUUUACCGGCUGAGAGAUGCCCACCUCAGCACCCCCAGCCAGUGUACAAAAAGGUACGUCAUCACCAAUCCCCCCUACGAGUUCGAGCUCGUCCCGACAGACCUGAUCUUCUGUCUGAUGCAGUUUGACCACAACGCUGGCCAGUCCCGGGCCAGCCUGUCUCAUUCCUCCCACUCCUCGCAGUCCUCCAGUAAGAAGAGCUCCUCUGUCCACUCCAUCCCGUCUACAGCAAAUCGGCCGAACCGGCCCAAGUCCAGGGAGUCUCGCGACAAACAGAAUGCAACAAGGAUGACUAGAAUGGGCCAAGAAAAGAAAUGGUUUACAGAUGAACCGGAUAAUGCCUAUCCCAGAAACAUUCAAAUCAAGCCCAUGAGUACCCACAUGGCUAACCAGAUCAACCAAUAUAAAUCCACAAGCAGCUUGAUCCCUCCAAUCAGAGAAGUUGAAGAUGAAUGUUGACUCCCAGGAGACCAGAACUAUUUUUUUAAAGCCUGACAAACUUCAUAAAUGGUGACGUGACUUUUCUUCCUCUUCCAUGCCGAAUCACUGGUGGAAACACUAGAGUAAGCAAGAAUUGCAAGAAAAUAAAGUAGACAGAUCUUUCUCUUUGCCUUGAAUAUUGCUUCCAUGUAUUUUGGAAAACAAAAUGAUUUCAUUUAUAAAUGAACAUACUAAAAUAGUCAUGUAUAGCUUCUAGCGUUUUAAAUUAUUUUUAUUUAUUAGAAAGAAAAUAUAUUUUUUCUUUUCUUUUCUUUUUUUCAUUGCCAGAUAUCUUCCCAUAUAUCACAGCAAUGUAAAAAUCAAAAUGAGUAAGUGGCCAGAUUCCUUAAUGUGUAUUUCUCUCCUUUCUCUCUUUUUCUUUGAGGAGAAUGAUGGUCACCACCCCGAUUUGUAAUUAAGGAAAAUUGAUUUCAAAAAGAAUUUGAAGGUAGUCAACAAUGUACACCCAUGUUUUAGUAACUCAAAAGAAAAGUCAAAAGAGCAGAGAUGAAUAUUUGCCUCUCCCUUGGAUGGGUGUGUGUUUUGAUCUGGAUUGACACCAGCUCUUAACAAAUCAAACUUACUUAUCUUCACAGUUGAAAGUCAGUUCUUUGUAGUUUCCGUUUUCAUCCAGCAUUUCUUAUCCUUUGUUCAUAUAUUUAGAGGAAAGAGCUUCUUGCAGCUUUUUCUGCAGUUGCCAGAUCAGGUUUAAGCAGCCACCUCAAGCUAUGGGGAAGGGUUAUAGGCGCACCUAGGAUGCUGACGUUGUGCACCAAAAGCAGGCUGUGUUUGUUGUUCUCAUGGUGGGGCCUCCUCCAAGCUCUUCUGCUCCCCAUUUCAUACUUCUAAAUCACCCAAGCAAGUUAUGUCAACUGUGGGAGGAUCUGGUGAAUUCUCUUCCCCAUUCAGAGCUGUUAGCCUGGAAGUUUGUGAAUGUCAACGAGUACUUUUACCUAACACUGGAAUCUAAGAAGUACUCAUGCUUAGCAUGAAGUAUUUGUUUAGAUGUGAGACAAUGUCCACUGUCAAAGAGAUGACUUUAGCUCAGAUUUUCAUUUGCUGGAUUUCCUUGGUUGAAUUGCUGGGACAAAACAUUCAAACUCGCUAAAAAUAUUUGCAAAACCAAUACCAACCAAAAGGAAAGUAAGUCAUGCUCUUAACAUAGACUGUUAGAAAAGGGCCUUUGAAAAUUACCAGCAAUGAAAUAAAAUGUAUCAGCCACUUCCACCUGUGGUCAAAAGAUUUUCCUAGCCAUCAGAUGCAAUUGUGAUGUCUGAGCUCUGCUCUUGCAUGCAUGCCCAGUGUAUAGUCACCCAACAACUGUUGCUUUCCAGUGACUCAGAAAGUCUUUCACCUUCAGAGUGAUCAACCUCUGAUAUGAUCAUCAGGGUCUCUGGAGAAGCAUGGGCGUGACUGUGAUUUCUAUUUCCUUAAAAAUGUAAAAUGUGGACACUUCCUGGAUCUAACCAAAAUAGCCCCUCAAGUCCCAUGACAUCUCCUCCAUUAACAUUUUAGAUGCCCAUGACUCUGUGGUACCUAGUUACGGUAGUACAAAUCAGAUCAGAGCAAAGCAAUGUGAUCACCAUGAAAACAUAUGUCCACUGAGGACUCCAAUACCAGUGUAGGCCAAAUGAGCUUCCACCUCUGUCCACUCCCUGCAGAGCCGAUGUAGCUGUGCUUCCUCUCGUAGGCAUUGUCCUGCAGUGACGCGUCGGACCGUGGUUAUUCUGUUGUCACAUUUUGUAGAAUUAGCUCUAUAAAAGUAUUGUGAAUAUAAUGUGUGUCCAAUUGGAUUGUUAACACAAAAAUAUUUAUAAUCAAUCACUAGUCUACUCAGGCUAAAAUGACGUCAGCAGUCUAUAUUCAGGCUUAUAAACAUUUCUUGGUUUCCAACAGAACUCAAAUGUGUUGGUGGGGAGAAUCCACUGCCAGGGUAUUGACAGCAUUCCUGAAAGCUAAGACUUCCUUUAAUAUCAUGAUUUUGCAUUGGGGUUACCUAAGUACAUUCAUGUCAGUCCACGCUCUUCUUUCCUUCCUGAACCAUAGUAGGCUCUUCUUCACACCCAUUCCAAUUAACCCCCUCUAAAUUUGUCUUAGUUCUUUGAUCUCCCAUGGCAAUCAAUGCUGUUUACCUACAUAAUCUUCCAUUAGAAGAGUAACAGUCUCAACAUCCUCCAUGCAAGGCAGGAAGCAGAAGCAUCACUCCAUUCCCAUUUCCCAGGAUAGCUAGAGAUUUAAAUCGAAACUGGUUUCUUAACCACCAUGGCUACAAUGAUAGUUUCCUACAGUAAGGGACUCCCUCAGUUCACUAAGCAGCUUUCAAGACCCCAAGAUAACAAAUAUAUUUUCUUCAAAGGUUGAGCAAUAAAGGAAGAACAAAUCAAGCACGAUCCUAAGGUGACAGGAGAAAUGACCUGGUGGUGGCACCUUUGGCAAAAACUCAAGGCCAAGCAAUUGAAAUAUAAAUAACAUUUGUUAAAAAUAACUGAAAGGCUCAAGGCAUCUCCCAAAGUUCCCAAUUUGUUUCUAUUUGUUGAGUUCUGAGUCCUCUGAAGGGUAAAAAAAACUGACUUUCCAACCACAUUCACCUUAGGCCAAUGGUGGUCUUCUUUGGAAUAUUCCACAAUAGAAAGCUCUGCUCUCCAGUCCCUGUUUAGGAUUCCAGAAAAGUCAUCUUGGCAAAUUAAUGAUGCUUGAGUGCUUUGGGACUCAGGCCGUUUGUAAAACAUAAACUAUUCGUGUCUGAGCACAUCGUUGCCCUCACCAUCCUUCUCAUGGAAGCAAUGUGCUUUUGUUUAAGCAAUUAUAUUUCAGACGAUCCUGCCCUGCUGUAGCACAUAGAAUGCAUUCACUGAAGGUGUUUUAUGUUUAAGACUGAUUGUGACUGAUUGUAACCCAGAAGAACAGCCUUCUUCCCACAAGUUCUACUUUGGUUUUGUUCCUUUGAUUUUUUUUUUUUUUAAGUGAUGGAAGACUUUAAGCACAGAAUUGGAGUAGUUUCCAUUGAGUUGAAGUGGAGAGUGAAAAAUGUAUGAAAUUAGGGAUAUUUUGAAUGGAAAACCAAAACUGCCCCAAGUGUGCCUGAUUUGAAGGUUCAAGAGCAUCCAGACACAAUUAGCUCUUAACUAUGAAAAUGUUCUUUAAAUCCUCCAAGUCUCAGUGGCUGAAAUCACUGAGGGUGAUUCCUUGAGAUGGCUAAGGUCUCUUUCAGACCAACUAAGACAAUAAUAGCCUUGCCUCAGCCAAGCCCUUGGAGACAAUCUUUUCCAGCGCUGUAAUCAUGGCUCUUCUGGCCAUGUCACCCAUGUAGCCCUUCUGAGCUGAACCCAGCAUCCACUUUCUGCUCUGGACAUAGAAGAGUCAGGUUCGUUCCUGUGCUUUUCAACUUGGAAGUGCUUAGAUUUGAGAUGCCAAGGUUUGCAGUUAGCUUCACCUCCAUCACUGAUGAGCGGGUUUGGUUGGUCUAGGUUUCUCUUUACAACCUUGCUCCCCACCAUCCCUGUCUCUUAGUGCGGCACAGUUUUGGCUAGUCUCUUCAUCUCUAGCCCACCUCUCCAAUAGUAUGUAGAGAGAGUCUGGACACCCCUCCUCUCCUGCUGUUAUUCCAUUAAUGUUCCCCCACAUUCGCUUUCUCAUUUCAUUUCCAGUUUGGUUUGGUUUGCUUUCAUUAAUACACGGUCUUUUGCUACUUCCAUUCAUAAAUGUAACUGUGAUCUGUCAUUUUCGUCAUCAAGGAGAACCUUGUUGAAAGAAACAUAGAAAGAGGUAGAAAAGCGCAAAGGAAAACAGUAUCAACUAAAUGGCAGGGUAUCGUCUUGACUACCAAGAGAUCACACAAAUUCAUGGAACACUAACGAGUUCCAGCCCCAGAUCUGCUCACUUUUUAUUUUAUUCAUAUUUUCUGCCCUUGGGAGAGUGGUAAAGUCGCUGAUACAGUGGCCCUUACUACUCAAGGGUCGACCCAUCAUUUUUCAAAACUUAGAGGAACUGAGAAAUUACUUUGAACUUUUCUACUGUGUUCCUUUUCUGCCCCUGAUGUCUAUCCCGUGUUCUUAACACAGGUGUUUUCUGUUAUAAAACAGAAUAAUUUCUUACUUAAAUCCCAUGGUUAGUUGAUACAAUGAGGAGCCCCUUUGGAUUUCUUUGUUUAAGGAACAUUGGUUUAGAGAGUGAAAGUCACUGAGAGGUCUGAACAGCAAUGGGCCGAGAUGGCUGUGCUCUUCAGGGUUGAAGCUUUUGAGGUGUUCUGUUCUCUCAAGAAGAGGUAUCCCAGAAAUGUAGACUUUCUAGCUGAGUGGUAAAGUUGUUUAAGCCAAGUUUAUCCUAACUGGUUGUUGCCCAUGCAUUGCAAGCUAUUAAUAAUUCCAAGAUUACCAUUAAAAUACAGCAAUGCAGAGGACAUUUUAAAUUUUAUUUUCCAAUACCCAUGAUAAGAGUGAUUUAAAAAAAUAUUUAAAAAGGGACCUAUGUGGCCAAAGGCCUUUAGCCCUACACUAGUUAGGAGCUCCCCCAUAUUCCAGCCUUACAUGGCUUUAUGGGGAAAUAAUUGUCAUUUACACUCUUUGUUCUAGACCAUCCUUUCUCAACUAUGCUUUUGAGGAUAACAAUGGGCCUGAAAGGGGGUAACUCAGGGUAUACAUCAAAAAGUUAUAGAGAAGAACGAAAAAGAGAUAGGAGCCCUGGCAAGAGGUGGUGCCGAGGAUUGAAAAGAAGAGGUUCCCUUGAACCCCAAAUGGGAAACAUGAUAGGCACCCAAUCUUGGAUGAGCGGUGGAGGCUGUCCAAUAGAAAAUACGUGGUUUGACUGGAGGCAUAAGGAUCUUGAGGAUUUUCCUAUGAGAAGGAGCUUAAGGGAUUAUAAUGCACUGAUACCAAGGUGAUUUUGAUAUAUGAGCAACUUACCUUCGGUAAUAAGUCUGUGUCCACAAGCUGGGAAAAAAAACUAUGACAACACUUCAUGGACAAAGAAAGAAAGUAGGUGGUUGAAGAGCCACAUUAAAAAGUAGGGCAUUGAUUUAGAAAGUUGGAGAGAGUCACUGAAAGGUUUGGACAAAGAGUGAUGGGCAGCGGUGACGGUGCCCUUUUGGGGUUGAAGCUUUUGAGAUGGCCAGUUCUUUUUGGAAGGUAUCGCAGAGAUGUAGGCUUUCUAGCAGAAAAUUCUCUCAGCAGUGUGAAGUCCUCUAGGUUGUACUCAACAGCAGCUCAUCAAGCAGAACACCUGCCUUCCUGCAUUUUCUCCCUGCCAGGCAUACAACGUCCCUGCAGGGUCCUCAAUUACUACAUUUUCAGUUGUAGAUCCACCACAUGGAUUAAAGGGAAGGAAUAGAUUUUCAGAUUGUUUCAACGAAACCUGCUGGCUAUACUACUUUACAGAUGUUAAUGUAAUAAGAACACCCAGUAGACUGCUAACAAAUCAUCGAAUAAUCAAGAAUGCAGGCCGGCCUUCCAACUUCCAACAUUAUGAAAGCGUUUGGUGAGGUGAUCUGGCAACUUGGAACUAGUAUACAGCACCAGCACAUGCUUUUUAGAGGAAUGGACCAGGUUGGAGGAAUGAGUAUGAUGCAGUCUUCCUUGCAGUAAGCUUAAAAGCAAGCCCGAAAGGGUCAGCAGAGAAAGAGUAAGCAUGUAUACAACACUGUCUUCCAAUGGAGCAGGAGGAGAAGGAGCAAUCAGUGUUAUGGGAUGAAGUGGUAAAUCAAGCUUUGUAGAAUAGAUGGGGUUUCAGAGUUAGGUAAGCUGAGGGGGCAACAUCCCAGCUCAUCUGGGAAUAUGGAUGGAUUUCAUGACUUUAUAAAGGAGUCCCUGUGCACUUGUUGCUGGACAGCUUGUGUCUCUUCUUGGGAACAGAAGACAUGCCAUCCACAACAGACAUCCAAUAAAGACUUUUUUCAAUAAA